CCUCCUCUUCCUCCCGCCGCCCUCCUCCCCCUCUCCCUCCUCUUCCUCCCCCAGCAGUGACGUCGCUGGACGUGCUGGUCCCCGGCCCGGCGCAGACACCGCUCGCGGCUCCGCACCGGCGGGCCCGGUGCUGCCGGCGCGGCGGGGCAGGACCGUCCCGUGGGGCCGGGCGCCGCCCGGGGCCGCCCAUGCGGCCGGGGGGCGAUGCGGGCGGCGCGGAGCCGGCGCUAGAGCCCGCACCGGGGCCCCCCCGGGAGCAUGGGCUGCAUCGGCUCCAAAACCACCAUCGUGGCCGUGGACACGACCCUGCACGUGGAGUGGAAGGAGGUGAAGGCGCUGCCCGCGCUGUCGCCGCUGAGCGCCGCCCGGCCGGCCCUGCUGCACCGCCUGGCACGGCAGGCCUCCUUCGACAGCCAGGACUUCCUCGAGGUCAAUGUUGAAGACACUGUCGAGAUGCUGCCCAAGUCGCGGCGCGCGCUGACCAUCCAGGAGAUCGCCGCCCUGGCCCGCUCCUCGCUGCACGGCAUCUCGCAGGUGGUGAAGGAGCACGUGACGAAGCCGACGGCCAUGGCGCAGGGCCGCGUCGCCCACCUCAUCGAGUGGAAGGGCUGGUGCAAGCCCGUGGAGCCGCCCGCCGCCCUCGAGAGCGCCUUCAGCUCCUACUGCCACCUCAGCGAGGGCGAGCAGGAGGCGCGCUUCGCCGCAGGCGUGGCGGAGCAGUUUGCCAUCGCCGAGGCCAAGCUGCGCGCCUGGUCCUCGGUGGACGGGGACGACUCCAACGACGAGUCCUACGACGAGGACUUGGUGCCCUCCGCCGAAAGCUCCCAGCCGGCCGAGCCGCCGGGGCCGGUGCCCGCCAGCGCGCUGCUGCGCGACCUCCUGCACGGCCACUUGUGCCAGCUGAGCGCGCGGCAGGGCUCGUGCGAGCCCGAGAGCGACUCCUCGCACACCCUGUCGCCCGAGACCCUCUGCUCCAGCCUCUGCAGCCUGGAGAUGGUGUCGCCCUCCGAACUCACUGCCAAACUGCUGGGCUCCCUGGGCGGCGAGGACCUGCUGCUGCCCACGCUGCCGCCCCCGGGCAGCCAAAGUGCCUUGCGGGGCCUGGCACGGCUCCGGUGCCGGGACCCCCUGUACUCCGUGUCCUACGCCGAGGCCUGCCUCCUGCCCGCCGACGGCGAGCUGGUGCUCAGCAAGGACUUCCCGCUGCGCCGCAGGGUCUCCGACGUCGCCUCCUCCGGCGUGGUGUCGCUGGACGAGGAGGAGGCCGCGGAGCCGUGAGGCCCCCCGGGGUGCACACCGCCCCGGCCCCGGCCCCGGCCCGCUAGCCGGGCACAGCGGAGGGAGGGGGGCCGCCCCCCCGGUGAGCCCCUGCCGCCCCGGAGCCCCCCUGGCGCCCGCCCGCGCCAUUUCCGCGCCCCACGGCUCUUUUCCCCCAUCCGGUUUUUCUGCAUGAGAGCCAGGGGGGCCGUGGAGCGGGGGCGGCUUGGAAGGGCUUUUUGGGGAGGGGGGGUCUGAACCCAAUUCAAUGCCCCCUCUGGCCCCUCCCGAGACUGCUGGGCCCUGAACACGUGGGGCUGGCCAUUCGCAUGCUCCCCGUCCCCACAUCCGUGGGUUCCCCGUUGGGGCGCAGGUCCCCCCCCCACUGGCAUGGCUGAAUCCCCUCGAGCAGCCGGGUGCUGGGGCAGGGGUGCCCGCUUGCUCCUGACCCCCCCCCCGGCUCCACUGUGGUCGUGGGGGUUUUGGGGAGUGGGGGUGUUUGCGCCCCUCUCCCCAGCCGGCUUUUAUUGGACUGAGUUUUAUACUGUGAACUGAUGCGUCUGGAGGGGCCGCCCAGGGCUGGGGGGGGCCACGGCGGUGCUGAGCCCCGCGGUGCUGUGCCCGGCUGGGGCUCUCCAUGCUUUUGCACCGGCGGGGGGCUGGCACGGCCACACUGGGGGCAGCUGGAGGGGGGCACAGACCCCCACAGCGGGUGGCUCGUGACCCUUUGCUCCAGCAGCAGCAGCAGGAACCCGCUGUGCCCAAAACCCAGCCCAGGGCUCGCUGCGGCGCGGGGGCCCAGCGUGGGGAGGCGGCGGGGGGGCCACGUUGCCCACCCCCAGCAAGGGAACCAAGUGCCUACAGGGAGGGCCAGGCCUGCCCGGCACCACCGCUGCCCAGGGUGUGGGGGGGCCCGCUGGCUGCAGGGUGGCCGGGCACGGUCUGGGGGUGCCCACCCUCGCCACCGCUUGCCCCCGUCCCGCAUGGCGCCCGUUCUCGCGGGACUGCUCGCCGCCCGCGCCAGGCUCUGCAUGUUGCCCCCGCUGGGGCCCGGCCCCUGCUUCCCACCGUCCCCCCC